GUCUUCCUCCUGGCGCUUCUCUCUCUCUUUCAGUACGAUCGAUGUACAGACGUAGGACGGCGGUAAUGUCCGGCUCCAAAAGAUCCUUCCUUGCAGAUUUCAACUGCUGUGUCGCGAGGGAUUCGCGCUGACUCUGAUUUCGGCUCUUGUUCGAUCUUCUCGGUGGAAAGUUUCUAGAGAUCGAUCGCAUUCGAGAUCUCCACCGGAGGUCCUACCGAGUGUGCUUUCCUGAUCGCGAGAAUCGAUCCGAUCCGAGCAGCGACGAUAGGGAAAAGGCGAUUCCUUGAACGUAAAAUCUCUGGUUCUUCUUCUAUAUUUUGUAAUAUUAACCUACAAGUUCGCAUGAUCGAUCUAAGAAAUUUAGCUCGCAGUUCUUGCAGAGAAAUGAAUGGGCUUUAGGGUUGCUGUAAAUGGCAUCGUUAGUCCCGGGCGUCCUUAUCAAGCUCCUGCAGCAUAUGAAUACUGAUGUGAAGAUUGCCGGAGAGCACCGUUCAUCCCUUCUUCAAGUCGUGAGUAUUGUGCCUGCUCUUUCUGGAAGUGAUCUCUUCGCCAACCAAGGGUUUUAUCUCAAGGUCUCUGAUUCUUCCCAUGCAACAUUUGUUUCCCUGCCCGACCAGCACAAUGACCUUAUCUUAAGCGAUAAGAUCCAACUCGGUCAAUUCAUUCAUGUCGAUCGCCUCGAGGCAGGCUCUCCGGUUCCCACUCUUAAGGGUGUGAGGCCUCUUCCUGGUCGUCACCCCUGUGUUGGCAACCCUGAGGAUCUUGCCGCCACCAGUUCUCUUUGUAAUUUUCUCGCCAUGGACAAACUGAAGCCACUCGACGACUCAAAGAACAGCAAUAACACAUCUACAGAUAAUAAUAACACACGGGAAGCAGAAAGAAGAAGGAUCUCGCUUACUAAGUCUAGGUCUCUGCUCUUGAAACUACCAGUCAAUGGCAAAUUGGACAAGAAGGGCACGAGUGCCGGAUCAAGAUCAACCAACUCAAGGUUAUUGCCUUCAUCUCCGAGUUAUGUCUAUUCUUUGCCUGCAUCUUUUGAGAAUUUCUCUAGCGAGAUUAAGAGGCAAGCAAAAGCUAAAGGAGUAGAGAAGCCGGCAUCAUCUUCAAGAGUGAGUCUGUUGGAGAAGGCAGCUUCGAUGUUGAAAGGAACAUCUGCUGGUAGGAAGUCUACUUCUGCAAAUUUCCUGGCUCCAACCAUUGAAUUAGGGCCCAAAGCUUUGAGAAAGAACUGGGAAGAGAAUCUGGACACGAAGGUUAGAGAUUGUUCAACCUCAAAAAAUUCCAAAGCUACAACAAAAUCUGAAUUUAGAAGUGCUUCUAUCCCUGGACGGAAAUCAUCAAAAAAUGAGAAAUCUUUACCUAAGGAGGAUAGCAAGAUUCAAGUUCCUGCAGCUGCAGAGGAUUCCGGUAAAAUAACUAAACAGAGUCCUGUUAACAGUCCAAGUCUUGGUAACUUGGUGAAGAUCGAAACAACUAAAAGAAAGUGGACAGAUGGUGGUGUUCCAUGGCAGUCACUUCCAUCGUCUCUAGCAAAACUGGGGAAGGAGCUCUUCAAGCAUAGGGAUGCAGCGCAACAGGCUGCUGUAGAGGCUUUGCAAGAAGCUUCUGUCGCAGAGAGCUUGAUCCGUUGCUUAAGCAUGUAUGCGGAGGUCAGUGGCAGUGCCAAGGAAGAAAAUCCGCAGCCGGCCGUGGAGCAGUUUCUGGCCUUCGAUUCCUCCCUAUCGCGUGCCGCGAGCGUUGCGGACUCUCUCUCCAAGUUCAGGUCUCAAUUGGUAGCUGGAACGUCGUCGGACGCAGCAGCCGCUGGCCAAGUUAAAGAAGAAGCACUAAAAAUCUCCACCAGGAACCGCCGCCGCGCCGCUGCCUGGGUCGACGCCGGCCUCGCCACUGAGCUCUCCCACUUCUCCCUCUACAACCGCAGGAACCCCACCGCGGCCUCUUCUGCGACGGUGGCGACUGUCGUACUCGAGGUUGUGUCGAAGACUUCCCCGGCAGCGGCGUCUGCGACCUCCAAGGCCUCGCUCCAGUCGAAAUCGAGGUUGUCCGCGGCGCCGUUGGGCAAUGGGAAGACGCGGGGGCUGGCGCCACCGUCGCCGCUGCCAGAAUGGGAGCGCGGCAGAGGGCUGGAAGAGGGGGCGGAGUUGGCGCGAGCGCUGAAGGAGGACGCGCAGUCAUGGUUCCUGGCGUUCGCGGAGAGGUUCCUCGACGCGGACGCGGCCGCCCUGGUGCCGUCCAAUCGGGAGCAGGUGGCCGCCAUGCUGCCGCAGCUCAAGAAGGUGAACGACUGGCUGGAGGCGAUCGACCAACAGAGGAAGGAGGGCGAGGCCGUGUUGGAAGAGGACGCGGAGGAAGGCGAGGGUCCCACCGGCGUGCCGCCGGAGACGGUGGAGCGACUGCGGAAGAAGAUCUACGAGUACCUCCUCACCCACGUUGAGUCGGCCGCCGUAGCGCUCGGCGGCACGGCCCAGGCCACGGCGCCGCCCCAACCUGUGGCGGGGAUCGGAGGGCGGCCGAGGCGGAAGGGAUGACAGAUCGGCAGGCGCCGGAAUGAUGAAGCGUUGAAACCUUUUUAGGUUCAAUGCCCUAUUUACUCUCCGAAGAAGGGCUGGGGCAGGUUACGGGUCGACCGUCGAAUAAUUAUGACGUGGGAGGAGUUUUUUUUUUUCUGGAGGAUGUUCCCUCGAAAAUCGAAAAUCGAAAAUCGAAAAUCGAAAAUCGAAAAUUGGGAAAAACAAAAGAAAAAAAAAGAAUUGUAUAAAAGUUGUGAUAAUUUUCUUGUAUUUAUUUAGAAUUGAGUUGCAUUCAAAUAUUUCA